AUGGCUGAUGUUAGAAGAAAAGUUACCCCCCGAAACGGUAGAAGAAAGGGAAGGAGAAAGCUGAUUCCAGAUCUCCUUUCUCCUUCUCCUGCUCACCCUCUCACUCGCCCCUCUUCUCCUCUCUCUUCUCCCCCGCUCUCCCCUCUUCUCCUUUUCGCCCAUCUCUCAUUCCACCUCCACUCCCCCCCACUUACCCCGCAUUUCUCCCCCGAUCCCCUCAAUUUCCCUACCUUCUGUUUUCCUCAAGCCGUUCACCAGCUCUGCUUCACUCUGCGCUCCUCUCCUCCCUCUCUCUCCUCCCUUCUCCUUUCCCCUCCCCUCCCCUGCCCUCCCUGCCUUCCUGCACUCGUCCUCGCAUUAUGCAGGGGCCCUGGAGUGGUGGGGCAGCAGCCAGUGCUGCCACCAGGGGCAUCAUUCGAGUACACGUCUGUCUGCCCUCUAGACACUCGCAAAGGAGCCAUGGGUCAGUUUUCACACACCCAUGCACAUGCACUAGAUCUCUGUCUCAUGGUGAAAUGGACAUAG